AUGUCUUCUUUCCGCAACGCAGUCUCAAGCAUGAAGUCGAUGCUCUAUCCUGUCCUUCUGGCCUUGCUCGCCCAAGCAGUGCCAGCGUCCACAGCGCGUCGACUCUCUCGGAGAGCCUUGCAAUUGGCUAUUCAGGCUCGUCAAGCGUCCGACGUGGGAACUCCUGGCGAAGCAGAUGCGUGCAGUCUUACCGCCUCGUCGGGAAACAGCGAUGGAUCGGCAGGUCAAACCUCGCUGCCUUUGGCAAUCGGAGGCAUCUUUGUCAUCCUGAUCGCUUCUCUACUGGGCACGCUGAUUCCUCUAGCUUCUAGAGCACGCCAGUUGUACCUCAUCAAACGUAGAUCGCAAACGCGCAAAGGUCUGUCCAGUACCGCGGCUCGGGCAGACGAGGGGAAUGGGGCAAAGAUGGACCUUGCAGACAUGUGCUUCUUUGCGUUAAGACACAUUGGCACGGGAGUCAUUCUCAGCACAGCAUUCAUACACUUGCUCUACGAAGCUUUCGAAAGCUUUCAAAGCCCUUGUUUCCCGUGAGUAGCACAGCUCAUUCUGCAAUCGCGUGCGAGGCCUUCGACCAAUGCAGCUCUCGUCCGCUUCUCCUCCAGAGAGCUCUCCUUUGAGCCUACUUCGCCAGCAAUAGCUAUGGGAUCUCUCUAUCUCAUCUUUGUCCUGGAUUUCUUUCUGCUUCGAGGUCUCAGACGAAAAGCAGCGGCGAUGAACGGCGCAGCUGUACCUCCUGGAACGCUAGAUGGAGGAUUGUGCUGCACCGCACCCAGAUUGAGGAUGCCGAUACCUCUGACAGAUGAAGAGCUGGCGCGCCCAGAUCCGCCUAGCGGAAAGAGCAAGGGAAUGUCCGGGGCAGAAGAGGACCUCGAUGAGACUGACUCGCAUCAACAAAUCGCCGCAAAUGGGCCUUCUCAUCAGAAGGGCGCUGCAUCGAGCACAGAUCGUGUGCAGCAGCAUCAGGCACCAAUCAAUCAACCGCCUAGCGAUGAUGAUAUCUUGAAGAAGCGGUCUGGACCGCACGCGCACGACGAAGCUGCAUCGGCAUCAAAUUCGGACUUGGAUGCAGCGCGCGCGCACGCAAAAGUGGCCAAGUUCGAAGUGAUAGCGUUAGAAGCGGGCAUCAUCUUUCAUUCGGUCAUCAUUGGCGUAUCGCUCGGAGCGUCGAGCGGAGACACGUUUGUCACUCUGCUCAUUGCAAUGACUUUUCAUCAAAUGUUCGAAGGCUUGGCGUUGGGCGGACGCAUAGCUUUGCUGGAUGGACGAUUUGUUCGACUUUCUUUCAAGCUCCUCAUGGCUAUCGCCUACUCAUUGACCACUCCGACAGGCAUGGCAAUCGGGCUUGGCAUUCGAGGAUCCUUUUCCGAAACGGCAAGCACAUCUGCCCUGGCUAUCGGCAUCUUGAACUCCAUCUCCGCUGGCAUUCUCCUCUUCACCGCAAUGGAGCUCAUGAUUGCCGACUUUGUCUUUGGUCCCCUGAGGGAUGCACCAGCCGUUCAAGGCGCCGCUGCCGCCAUCUCGCUCGCGGUGGGCGCCGCUGGCAUGGCCGUCGUCGGCAAUUGGGCUUAG